GUGUGUGUUCAUGCAUUGCAGUGAAGAAAUGGGAACUCCAUUGAAGUACAUUUUGGUUCUCGUGAUCGUUGUGUUUUUGGGGAUUGCUAGGUUCAAUGAGGUUGAUGGGGCUGGUGAAUGUGGAAAAUCAUCCCCUGAUAUGGAAGCUUUUAAGUUAGCUCCUUGUGCCUCAGCGGCACAGAGUGAGGAUGCUGCAGUUUCUAGCAGCUGCUGCCUUCAGGUGAAGAAGUUGGGGCAGAGCCCUAAAUGCCUCUGUGCUGUUAUGCUUUCCAACACUGCUAAAAGUUCCGGAGUCAACCCAGAAAUUGCCAUAACCAUUCCCAAACGCUGCAACCUUGCUGACCGUCCUGUUGGUUACAAGUGUGGAGCUUAUACACUACCUUGACGACCGAAUACCGCUAUGGAUGGCGUUGUGGAUAUGGAGUAUGUCUCACCAGUACGCAAGUCUUGCUUAAGUUGUAGGUUACCUAGUUUAUCUGGCUAAUAAAUUCUGUCAUCCAAGCUAAUGAAUAAAUAAAAUUAGUGUGUUUUUAUCA